AUGCAAAAAAAUAGCAUCAUAGGCAACAUCACCAAAUCCUCGCGCCGCGAAUCCUCGUCCAACCCGCGCGACCUCGUCACCCCGACCAUCAAGUCGGCCCUGUACACCACCGGCCGCGGCGGCACCGGCAACAUGGCCCGCAACGACCCGCAGCACCCGGAGAUCGCGCGCGCCGCCCAGGACGUCGAGGCCCCGCCCACCAGGCCCGACCACCACCACCAGCACGAUGGCCCGAAGCACUUUGGUCGCGGGGGCGCCGCGAACGUGACGAGCGAGAAGGGUGGUGGGGGUCCUGAGGAGGAGAGGGAGAGGCUGGUGGGGGUGCCGGCGGCGGUUGGUGGUGGUGGUGGUGGAGGGAGGGAUGUGAGAGAUGGGGAGGAUGUGAGGGGGUUGGGGGAGAAGGCGAAGGAUUUGUUGGGGAAGAUCAAGAAGUGA